AUGCUUGCAAGUCACGCAAGGUCCGCUGUCCUAGUAAUGGUCCGCCUGGACCUUGCGCGAAUUGUAUCUCUCCCAGAUGCCAAAGCCGUGCUGGACCUCUCGACAUCAGAUGGAGAGACCAAGCCACUAGUUCUCUCUGAUCGCACGUCACCAAAGUCUCCUCCCCACCGCAUCCAAGAACUCCACGUCGAUCGCGUCCUGGCACGAGCACAGAGGCCAAAGACCUCUACUGGAAGAGGCCAGGAGGAAACCAUGUUUGUACCUCGCAAUGGCAUUUUUGGUAUUGAAGCGCCACAUGCCCUCAGUGGCCUGCAUGUACUAACAGAUCAAGGGGGCCGGAACAGCCUCACGUUCUUCUCCGACAACAGGCUAUUGUCCCUGUCGACGCGCCUUCAGAAUCAAAAGGUGAACGAGCUCGUUGGCCGAAUUUCCGUCAUUGUCAAUGGACGGCUUCGUCGCACCGACUCAACAGCGACGAAUCCCCGGAGAACGCAACCUCCUGACAUGGGUACCGACAGAGCGCGCGCCGCCUUGUACAUCCGCCUUUACUUUGAGCGAGUGCACCCCAUGUUCCCGUUCCUUGACCGCACAACUUUCGAGACUACAGUGUCAAGUCCCAACUUCCCCAAUCUCCUCGAACGCAGCAAGCCAUGGUGUUGUCUCUACCACAGUGUCCUUGCUUUAGGGUCGCAGUAUGCUGAUGGCGGGACAUUCGAGCCUGGCAAGGGCGAGUCGUGGCGGCUGUUCUCUGUCAGCUUGAGUGGCUUCUCGGAGCUCCUGCUGCUUCCCGAUUCUCUCACCACCUUGCAGGCAUUGACGGCCAUGUCUGUCUAUGGCUUAGGGAUCUCAGGCUUGGCUGUCGAGCCUGUAAUCAUGUCAGAGGCAGCAAGACGGGCUCAGAUGAUGUCUAGCCAUAGCUUCACUGGUCCGACGGCUCACGCUUAUCAGAAGUCAUUCUGGAUUCUAUACGCGGUUGAGAAAAUCACCAGCUUCCACUUUGGGAGAAGUUCCGGAUUCGUCGAUAGCGACAUAUCCUGUCCCAUCCCUGUCGUCCCCGAGGCAACAUCGGGAGACUUUAGCUGGUUCCUGCAUCUAGUGCGCUUCGCUCGCCUCCUUUCUCGAGCAUAUACAUCACUCUUCUCGGUUGGCGUGUCGGGUAACUCCGACUCGUAUUACCUCGACGUGAUUGACCAGUUGAACGGUGAACUGGAGGAGUGGAGAGCAUCUCUGCCCGACAAUGGCUUCCGGCCGGGUGGGAUCCUACGCCCUCAAACCGUAUCCGGUCCCAAUGCGAGAUCGCUGGCUCUCAUUCUUCAUUAUCUUUACUACAGCAUGUUACUGACUCUCGCAAGAACUACGCUGUGCUACCUGCCUGUCCCUGAGACGCCGGCGGUGACGGCGACAAAGGACGACAAGAUGAAGACUAUUUUGAAUGCAUCAAGGGCCAUUUUAGAGUUGACUACGAUGAUUGAGGUUGAGCCAUACACGGUCACAUGGUGA